AUGCGUGCCUCACGUAAAUUUAUUCGCGUGACAAAAUUUUUACUGGCCGGCGUCACUGUUUUCUGUGUGAGCUGGAUCGCCAGCGUAAAUGAGUGGCACUCAAGGGUGCGUUGGGUAGAAAGACGUGCGGGCAACGCGGGACGUGGUGUUGAGGGGUUAUCUACGAUGAGGACUAUUGUAGCAUAUUCUGAGGGAAAACAAGCGGAGAUGGAGCGUCCGUCACCUGUGACAUGCGACCGUCUGCCGGCUUUUCCGAAAAUACCUUAUUUUAAUCGCACCUGGUCCCCUCACGCAUACUCCGAUUCCUGGCAGCGGGUCAAGGGGACUUCCGUUUCCCUGUAUGCGGCGUACUACGACGAAAGGGCACCGCAACGCUACGUGCGAAUUCUUGCCAUUUUUCACGGUCGAAAUAUUUCAGCGGGAGAACCAUUAUUUUGCCAGACACGUCCUUUUAACGCCAUUGAAGAUUCAAUUGAAGUGGUUGCAGCAAAACCUUUGGAAAUGUGGUGGCACGAAUGGGAUGCAACAUCAAGUACAGUGGAGACACCACUUUUACUUUCCUGCCCAUUAACAGAUAGUCUAAAUGACCUGUCUGUGGUAUCUAUAGUUACUGAACCCUGCGAAGAUCCUGGUAAUGCAUUUGUAUUAAAACCCUCAAAGAAAUUAACCGAAUAUAAACGCACAUUUACAAUAUGUGUUAAAGACAUGAAAUUCAAUAAAAAUAUGGCACAAAACUUAGUAGAAUGGAUUGAAACCAACAAGAUACUGGGCGUUGACCUCAUCGAUGUAUACAUUGAUGAAAUAAAUGAGGAGACCCAAAAUGUCCUAUUAAGAUAUAAAGAUCAAGGGUAUGUUAGAUUAUUUCACGUUCCUAUUAAAUAUAGCUUUGAAAGAUCCCUAUGGCAAAGAAGAAGGGACCAUUUAAUAACUUAUAAUGAUUGCUUAUAUAGAAAUUUAGUAGAAUCAGAGUAUAUUGUACCGUUAGAUGUAGAUGAAAUACUGUUGCCAAAAAUAGCUUUUAAUUUGUCAGAUUUGCUGACACGUUUAAGGGAACAUGGUUGGAAUCCAAAAGAAUAUUCAGCAAUUUUGGUUCAAAAUGUUUUCUUUUUUGAUUUUAUGCAAGGAGUGCAUAAAUAUAAAUUCUUUAAAAAUGAUUCUAACAAGAGUAAGAUCUAUGUCAAACGAGAUAAUGUACGAAUUAAUGACGCGAUCAAUAUAGAUAUAGAUAAAAUAGAAUUAGAAGAUGAUUCUAAUAGUUUUAGUAUGACUGAUUUACAUAAUUUAGAUAAAGAAGACUUAAACAAAUACGGAAUUAAGUGUAAGAGGAAAAUUCCUAUUCCCAAAUUAUCACAAAAUAUUAUUCGCUCGGCGUUAGUGAGUCCCGUUGGCUAUUAUAGUAAAAGUAUGAUGCUAACAAGGAGAGUAUUAACUGCAUUUAAUCACUACCCUUUAACAAACCUUGGAAUGACAGGUUUCGCCGGAUGGUCUGCCCCAUUUAGUGAAGUGCAGCUCAACCAUUAUAAGGAGUCGUGCAACACGACGAUGGUGGCAGAAUGCGUGAGGUAUGGACAACGGGCUCGAGUUGAUCGCACUGCACUGAGACUGCAUCCUCGGCUAACUCACGCUCUCGCUGCAGCUCUUUGCCAUAAAAUAAAAACGUUGUAA